AGGAGUGUACAGUGAACCUGCCCUCUUCCACACACACACACACACACACACCAUCAUCAGGAAUGUACACGGAUUAUUAACCUGAGGAAAAUAUUCAGACCGACCUGCUGAUCUAGUUCGUAAAAUAAUAAUCCGGAUUAGUGAAGAAAUGUAAAAUCGAAAGCACAGAGAGGAGAGACAGUCAAGCUAACAGGAAAUGAGUGAGGCCGACUUUGCCGUCACGGCCGACAUGGCUGCAAUAAGCCGUGUGCAGUACGAGCUGGACUACACCGAGGGCAUCAGCCAGAAGAUGAGGAUCCCUGACAGGCUGAAGGUGGGACCGGGCUCUGUGAUGGACCAGCCUCCACUGUUCCCAGAGGAAUCCCACAGCACCAUGAUGCAGGUUCCAGACCGGAUCAUAGUGGCAGGUGAUGAAGCUGCUUCUCAGUUUAGCGUGCCACGAGAGCUCGAUCUUAUCCAGUCCAUCCCGGUGGAGAGCGUGGAGCUGAAGCCUCCUCCACAUGUCCUCACUCUCCAAGACCAGCCUCUGGAAUUCCUGGAGCCGCAGCCAGAACCCGCCCAAGUGAAAGAGCAGCCUCGCAGUCAGGUGAGAUCCCGGCGUGAGCAUUAUACCGGCGAGAUUUCAGGAGUGUCUCACAACGGCCAGAUCAUCAAAUACGAUGCCGUGAGCCCGUCUCCCAGAGCUCCUGUCCGUGUUUGUCCCCCUCUCGUAUCCCCCGAGGACUGGCCGAACAUGGGUACUGUGGGCGGAGUCCUCUCCUACGUCCAGCACAGCACACGCCGGGCCUACGAUCACAUCCUGGCCAUGCUGGACGCCUCGCACCACAGGACUGCACUUGUGAGUCAGGACGCUGGUCUGGAAGGAGCUCCUGAUGACCUGGUGUUAGCCGACGCCCCGGCACUACGACGACAGAUUGUGAAGAUGAACCGCAGACUUCAGGUGUUGGAGUUUGAGAAUACAGCGCGAGCGAAACGGGAGAUGGUGGUGUACUCGCUCACCGUGGCGUUCUGGCUGGUGAACACGUGGAUGUGGGUACGCCGCUGAGCGCCAGAACCAUCGCCCCAAUCCCCCCGUUGUCUCAGGAUCCAGUUCAUCAGACUUUCAGUUCUCUCUAUGUUGUUUAUAUUUACAUUCUUUAUUGCUUAGGUAUUCCCAAUUAACCCGAACCUGAUAUCAAAAUUAGUUAGAAAACAGCCAAACAGUUCAGAUAAUAUAGUUUAAGGGUGCCAAUAGUUUCAAGCAGAAUUGUUGUAACUGUUUGUACAUAAACUUGUACAUAAACUGUGUUAUAAAUACACUUCCUGUAGGUGAUUAGUGCUCGUAAUGUGUGCAGUGGUUGUUCAAAUCUCAUCGCCUUCAUGAAUAUGACAUCACUAAAGGAAAGGAAGAAAUAAAAUAAUGAUCAAAGAGAAGAAGAAAGACUUCUUCUCUUUUCUAUGUUAAAAGUUUUCUCAAACUGCAUGUUUAAAAUAUUUUGUGCUGAAAGCAAUAAUUCAUCGCCUGAAAGAGAAAAAGAAAGAAUGUAAGAGUUGAGUGCUGGAGGAAGAA